AUGGGCACUGACGAGGUGGACGUUGUGAUAGCAACAGCUGCUUAUCUCGCGUUACCACGGCGACUACUGCAACCGGCCCGGCUCACUCCGGCCUAUCUUCGCUCACUGCCACCGGCCCGACCCAGCCCGGCCCGGCUCACUCCGGCCUACCUUCGCUCACUGCCACCGGCCCGACCCAGCCCGGCCGGCUCACUCCGGCCUACUUUCGCUCACUGCCACCGGUCCGACCCAGCCCGGCCCGGCUCACUCCGGCCUACCUUCGCUCACUUCCACCGGCCCGACCCAGCCCGGCCCGGCUCACUCCGGCCUACCUUAGCUCACUUCCACCGGCCCGACCCAGCCCGGCCCGGCUCACUCCGGCCUACCUUCGCUCACUUCCACCGGCCCGACCCAGCCCGGCCCGGCUCACUCCGGCCUACCUUCGCUCACUGCCACCGGCCCAACCCAGCCCGGCCCAGCUUACUCCGGCUUACCUACGCUCACUUCCACCGGCCUGACCCAGCCCGGCCCAGCUCACUCCGGCCUACCUUCGCUCACUGCCACCGGCCCGACCCAGCCCGGCCCGGCUCACUCCGGCCUACCUUCGCUCACUGCCACCGGCCCGACCCAGCCCGGCCCGGCUCACUCCGGCCUACCUUCGCUCACUUCCACCGGUCCGACCCAGCCCGGCCCGGCUCACUCCGGCCUACCUUCGCUCACUGCCACCGGCCCGACCCAGCCCGGCCCGGUUCACUCCGGCCUACUUUCGCUCACUUCCACCGGCCCGACCCAGCCCGGCCCAGCUUACUCCGGCUUUUCCGGUCUGCCUCCGCGUAUUGCGACAUGUGGCGGGUACACUACGACUGGCCCGGCCCGGUCAACCCUUUCUACGUUAACGCCGUGAUAUCUACUCCAUCAGCAAUGAUUUUAAACAAUUUAGCAUUUCAAGAGUAUUAG